CACACGCUGAGGUGGGCGGAGGCGGCGCCGAGUGGCCGAGCGGUCGCGGCGCCCAGUCGAGCAGAGGCACGAUGGAGCUCCGGUUCGCCGUGGUGCUGGCGCUCUGCGGAAUCGUCUCCGGUCAGAAGCCGGGCUUCAACGACCAUGCGCAGACGGAGUCGACAGUGAACAGUGCACCGGGCGGCAUGGUGUCCAUCCAGUGUUCGGUGCACCCCGGGGGCCGGGUGCUCUGGUACAAACAAGACGAGAAUGGUAAGAUGGAGGUGGCUCACGACUCGUUCUUGAUCCUCAGUGACAGCCGGUUUCAGCUCAAAUCGGACAACGGCGCCUACAUCCUCACGAUUCAGCCUACCGCUGAGGAGGACUCGGGGAUCUACAUGUGUGAGAGCAGUGACCAGCACGGCUCCACGUACAAACACACGUUCACGGUGAACAUCGGGGACGGAAACAGCGCCACUCGAGCUACUGCGGCUGCUUUCGGAACUAUUACUGCCGCCCUGCUGCUUCUGCAAUAGAUGUCAGCACCAGCAUCGGUUUCGUCUCUAGAGGACGAAGUGAAGCUGAAAUUGGUCGUGGUGCGUGGGAGAUCGCUGGAUGAGACGUGUCGACAGGUCUUUGGGUUAUGAAUGUGGCUCUGAAGGUUAACACCUGACUAUAAGAGGAUUCGUGACUGUACUUGUGAUGCCCUGCGUACCUGGUUAGUGACGAGGUCACAGAAAACGUUGUUUGGCUUUGUUUGUUUUGUUGGGUUAGGCUCUUUCGGUCCAAUGAGACCAUUUCAGAGCCGGGAGGUUGCUAGGAUAUAGGGAGAGACAUUGGUCUGGGCAGGCACCCUAGUGAGUCGCCGGGGCUGAGCCCGUCCAGAGGACAGGCCACCCAGCCCCAAGGCACUCACUGCACCCGGCUACGGGGUGCGCUCCCUCGGGAGCAGCGGUGCCGCUCCAAGGGAGCAGCCCGCAUGAGAUAAAGUUGCCUGUCCAGCCCGGAGGGGGUUGCGGCGUGGAGGAGAAGGAUUUCAGUAUCCUGAGGAUAGAAGCACGGAACGGAUGCGUUGUUUGGCCAUAACACCACGCUGAUGAUUGGUGGGUUGCGAGUGUUAGUGGCGCGUCCGAUGAACUUGACGGUAGGUAGGCAUGUGUUAAUGAGCUAAAUGUAAGCUAUGCUUCAGAAGCGUCUUCUGAGCUACCAGUUGUGAGCACCUGAACAUUGAGCUUUUGCACAAGCAUCUCGAUUGCGUAAUUUGUUUCGAUGCACGAGCACCCAGCAUCCUGGAUUUAUAAUCGUCACAAAGCCAUGGUAGGAGUUUAAAUGUUUUAAAUUACAUUUAGCUAAGGCGAUGAUGUGCCUUCUGCUCACUGUGCCGACUUUCUUGUCCUUUUAUCUUCAGAACUUAUCCAUUCCAUUCCUUGGGCAGCUGUAUCGGGAUGACGAUUACUGCAACACAGCCAGUGCGGUCAGCCUGGGUGACCGUUUAUCCGUCUGGGAGGCUAUUGGCCUGUUCCACUACUCCGGUAGCUAUUUCUCACACGGGACUGGCUCAGCAACAGCGACAUUUCAGUUGCUGGUCAAAUCAACUCUGUGUCCCCUUUAUCCAUUCAGUACACGGUCCAAACAUGGAUAUAGUUAGGUACACUAUCCGUCAAAGCAAAAACAAAGUGCAUGAAACUGUGUGCAUUUAUUCAAAGACGAAUGAGAUGAGCAUUGAAUUUAUCCGCAUAUCUAAAAUGAGGAAUAACCUUGCAGUGUUUGAAAUAAGACGCCGGUGUCAUGGGCCGAAUUAUAUUACGUAUUUGGUAGUUAACCGAAUGCUAGCAAUAAGUGUGAGUGAUAAUUACGAGUACGUCACAGCAUGGGAGUAAAGUAGCCGUCGUUAGAAAGUGUAUUGCAUAUCAUGAUCACACAAGUAGGCAUGGAUGUAGCCUUGCCCGCCAGCCUUACCUGCCUUACCUACCUUACCUACCACCUUCCAUUGACCCACCUAAAUCAAUGCAUUUAUAGUUUACCACACUAAAUGUUCGCGUAUCUUUUACUUUUCUUGCUGACCCGAUGUAACAGAAACUGCAUUUAGCUUAUGUUACGCCUGCUAUCGUAGAGGUACGGUUAGCUAUUUUCGAUUAGUUGGUGUAUGAUUUUUUGUCGUUUACCUAGAAGUAGGAGGAGAAAUUAGUAGGAACCUAAGCGACUAUUGUCCGGUAUCAUGUGUAGGUAACGCGUAUUACAGUAACGUUAAUUAAAGUUACGGUAUUUGAUUUGGCUUGUGAUGUGAUAAUUUAUCGUGUAUUGCAAUGUGAUAAAAUACACCUAGUUUACUAGAUGCUU